AUGAGGUUUGUCAACAAUUUAUCAUGGGCAUUUCACGUAAAUGGUUCAACUCUUUCAGGCGCUCUCGAUGUAAUAGUUAUCGAGCAUGAAGACGGCACUCUCCAUUGCACUCCAUUUCAUGUUAUUUUUGGGAAAUUCAAAGUUCUAAAGAGCAGGGCAAAAAUUGUAAAAAUCACUGUUAAUGGUGUUUUGACUGAUAUCACAAUGAAAUUAAAUGACAAAGGAAAAGCAUAUUUUGAAGAAAAAAGCACUAAUGAAAAUUUCCCAGAAGAAGAGAAAAAUUAUUCACAAAAAAGAGUAUCAAGAAAUACGCUUUGGGCAAAAGAAAGCUUCCAUGGAAAUGCUCAUCGCUCUAAAUCUAAUUCAAAGGCAGCACCUCUUGAUAAGAAAAAUAAUGCUGAAAUACAAAAUGCAAUUGAACAAAGAAUUGAGCUAUCUUUGUGUGGUGAUGAAUUUUUAGGGAGCGAUAGCCCUGAAAGUGCAUUUGAACAAUAUAAGGUAUCUUUUAAGAAUUUUGAAAAAAAUUUAUAUGAUUUUCUAACUCCCUUUUUAAAUUUUUUUGGGGGAAAUUUAGCCUUUAAAUUGUAUUUAGGAUUAAUGAUUGCUUAAUUUUUAUCAUCAAGUCGCCUAUUGGUUUUCCUCUGAGCCUUGGAGUUUGUGUGUUUUUUGCAGGGGUGAAUUAAGCAAUGAACAAUUGAUAUUAAAAAUUGAUGGAGAGUUUCACUCUCGAGAAACAGGGAUCCCAUUAUUAUAUUCAAUAAUAUCAUCAUACGAACUAGAAGACAAUUUUGAGCAUUUAUCUUUAGAAACUGAUAAAUCUCCUCAAUUUAUUAAAACUUAUGUGCUUGACUCAAAUCGACUGCAUCAGCUUGGACUGAGAUAUGGUGCCAAUGACGUAGAAUACACAGUCUUUAGCCGACUUCAAGGAAAAAGGACUUUGAAAUGCAAAUUUUAUUUAUGGCCUUAUACAAGCAAAAUUAUAGUCUCAGAUAUAGAUGGGACUAUCACCAAAUCUGAUUUUUUAGGAAUUGUAUUGCCAGCUAUUGGGGUUGAUUGAACUCGGCCAGGAGUUGUCGAGCUUUAUAGGUCACUUUCAGAAAAAGGCUAUAAAAUCAUUUAUUUAUCUUCUAGAGCAAUCGGUCAAGUAAAAUCAACUAGACAGUUACUAACUUCAAUUACGCAAGAAAAUCAAGUUUUGCCUGAAGGACCUGUAAUAGUUUCCCCCGAUGCUGUAUUCACUUCUCUAGUUCGGGAACUUAUUAAACAUGUCCCUCAUAUUUUUAAAGCAAAUGCGCUCAAGCAAGUGCUAGAUCUUUUUCCUCCUGAUACACAACCAUUUUUUGCAGGAUUUGGCAAUAAGCUUACAGACUCAAUCGCAUAUCGCCAAAUAGAUAUCCCUAUAGAAAAUAUUUUUAUUUUCAAUGAUCAUGGUAUCGUUACUCCUGGCUCAGGGGUUUCAAUCCAUUCAUUUGAUGAAAUUAAUAACUACAUUUCUGCAGUGUAG